AUGCUAUUGGAAAUUAAAUCAAUUUACGAACAAUUUGGAAAAGUGCAAUUCACUUUAAAAGUGACAAUUAAUCGUAAACCAAAAAAGAAAAUUCAAUUGAAAUUUUGGUUAUAUUAUCGAGAUGGGCUAUUCCAAUUUCCAAAUGAUCAAGAAAUAAGACCUUUAUCAAAGGCCAAAGCUUCACUAUCCGCAUUAAAAUUGAUUGAGUUACGUACAUAUUUAAAACCCUUAUUCAAUAUUUCAUGGAAGAAUGUCAAAGAUCUCACUCAAAACAUUAUAACUGAUAAUGAUGUUUUUAUGACACUGACACUUCCUCCUCCCGGUAAAAACAAAGUAUAUAUAAUUCAAUUAGAAAUCAAUUCAAAUUAA